UGCACAUGGACAAGCUCUCCUAUAAAUAUCUACCCAUCUUCCGGCUGGUUUUUCCUGUUUCGGGUUAAAUCCUGUCUUUUACGUAAUUUUGUGUGUAUAAUAUAAUAAAUUGGACUUAAUUAAAUUCGGCGAGUGAGUGAAAGGGGUCAUGGAACUAAAUAUUACGCAUUAAUAUAAAACUAGGGAGAUAAUUUGGUAUGAAAAAUAACAUCUUCAACAAAGCACUUGCCAAUUGCUUAGAUAAUUAAGAAUCGAAUUUUCACCCUAAUCGGGAAACUAUUUCGCAGAAUUUGCUUCAGAUGAGGCAAAAGCUGGAAAUGUAAUGAAGAUGAAAUUCGGAUUCUUAUCAAAUCAACUAAACAGCAGAUAAAGAGCGAAUUCUUCCCGUCCUGUGUCAACUUGUUGCAAAUUACAUACAAGACGACUGCUCGACUGAAUAAAUCUCAAAAUGCCGGACGAUACGGAGAAUGUGUUGCCAAUCGCAAUCAGUGCUCGGCAAGGAAUCGGGAUUGGCAUUUUCGUCAUCGGCGUUGCCAUCUUCGUCGGUCUGAUCGUCGCCAGUUGCCACGAAAUUGAAGAAGGUCAUAUCGGGGUAUAUUACCGGGCCGGAGCACUGUUGGAAUCCACGUCAACCCCCGGCUUCCAAGUGAUGAUCCCAUUGCUCACGACGUACCGCUCGAUUCAAAUCACCCUUCAAACCGAUCAAGUCAGAGACGUUCCUUGCGGGACUUCCGGCGGUGCGAUGAUUUACUUUGAUCGGAUUGAAGUAGUGAACCUCCUCUCGGCCCGGUAUGCGUGGGAUGUUGUCAAGAAUUAUACGGCUGAUUACGAUAAGGCCCUUAUCUUCAACAAAGUUCACCAUGAACUAAACCAAUUUUGUUCGAUUCACACUUUACAAGAGGUUUAUAUAGAUCUUUUUGACAAAAUUGAUGAAAAUUUGAAAAACACGUUGCAAAAUGAUUUGAAUGUAAUGGCACCAGGCUUGCACAUCCAAGCAGUUCGGGUGACAAAGCCCAGAAUUCCACCCGAGAUUCAAAGGAAUUAUGAGUUGAUGGAGGCUGAAAAAACAAAGCUCCUGAUAUCCACUCAGAAACAAAAGGUCGUCGAAAAAGAUGCCGAAACGGACCGGAAGAAAGCCGUCAUUGAGGCCGAGCGGAACGCACAAGUCGCCAAAAUCCAAUUAGAACAGCGCGUCCUGGAGAAAGAAUCCCUCAAAACUAUGGCCGCCAUUGAAGACGAGAUGUUUUUUAAUCGUGAAAAAAUGCACGCGGAUGCCGAGCGUUACAGAAAAGAAAAGUUGGGUGAAGGAAAUGCCAUAAUUUUAACGCCGGAAUACCUCGAACUCAAGCGAAUCGAAGCCAUAACGACAAAUACGAAGAUGUAUUUUGGAAAUAAUAUUCCCAACAUGUUUCUCGGUGAAAGUUUUAAGCCGGAUGUAACUCCAGUUUUGACUAAGCCGACGGGACAAAAUGUAAAAGGGUGACAAGUUCUAGUUUAACAUAACAUUUUUUAACGUUUUAUUCACUUAAUCGACUUGAAUUGUUAAUUUACUAAUUAAAGUUCUCGUGUUCAAAACGAGAAAAAUUUGUAUCUGAAUUUACCGAAUUAAUUAUUCUAAGCUUCUUCAAUUCAUGUAAAAACAGGUUCUGUUAUCACGUUACUUAAAUAAAAUGCAUUUGCACUUUUCAAUCCGUAUGGAUCGUACUUGUUGGGCUUAAAUAAUAUAAAUAAUUUCACCAGUUAAGUGUAACUUUUUGAUAAUUAGUAAUGCCGAGAUUAAUUUUGAGCACCAUGGAUGAAAUAUUUGCUAUGAAUUAGAAUAUCAUAAAUUAUAUACCUAAAUAAAGACCAGGAAAUUUGGGAUUUUGUUGAA